AUGGCACAUGAUUUAAAUAUGUUACAUAAUGCUUAUAAACAAAAUCUUAGUUCUGCACCAACAACUCGUAUAUCAAGAACUCAUACAUUUGAUCCACAGAAGAAAACACAACAGCAAAAACCGACAAUAAUUAAAAAUCUAUCCAAACCAAAUAUUCAAACACCAGCAAAGAAAGGAUCACCAAGUGCUGUCACUCGACCAAAAACUGCACCCACACCAACACCAACACCAAAAGAAAAUAAAAAUAAUGAUUCAGCAUUAAUUGAACAAUUAAAACUUGAUAAAGAAUCAUUAAUAAAUAAAAUAGAAUCAUUAGAAAAAGUUUAUGAAGAACAAUUACGUAGUAUUCGACAAGAAAAUUUUACUCUUCAAGCAAAAAUAACACAAGUAACAUCAACAAAUGUUGAUAGAAAAAACGAAUCUAUAUCACCAAAACAACGUGAAGUAAAUGAAUUAGAAAAAUUAAUUGAUGGUUAUCAAGUUGAAAAUGAAAAACUUUGUAAACAAAUUAAACAAAUUGAACAACAACAUAAACAAAUUGAACAAUCAAUGUUUAAUGAAAAUGAAAAACUUCGUCAAGAAUUAAUACAUACAAAAAUGUUUAUGGAACAAUAUCAAAAUUCACAUAUGGGAACAAUUAAAAAACAAGCAUCAACAAUUGUUUUAACAAAUUUAGUUAAUAAUGAUAAUGAUAAAAAUAAUAUUUUUAAUGAAAAUCAACAAUUAAAAAAUGAAAUAAUCGUUUUAAAAAAUAAAUUAACAACCGCAUUAGAUAAAGAACAUAAAAAUGAAGAUGAUAAUACUUUACGUUUAGUAGAUCAAAGACGUAUUAAAGAUCUCGAAAGACAAGUUAAAGAAUUAGAAUUAAUAAAUCGUCGUCGUCAACAAAAUUCAACAACUCAAGUAGGUAUGGUAUUAAAUCCUUUAGAUGAUAGAAAUCAAUUAGAAAUAAAAUUAAAUAAAGCUGAAGAAGCAUUACAUGAACGACAAAUAUCUGAAGAAAAACUUCUAUAUGAAUUAAAUAUUCUUGAAGAAAAAUAUUCAUUAAUGAAACAAAUGUUAUCUAAAAAUAAUGGACAAUCAACAAUAAAUAAUGAUCAAUUUGAAAAAGAAUUUCAUGAUAUAUUAAAUAAAAAUAAAAAUAAAAAUUUAACUGGACAAAUUCAUUUACGACGUGAAAAUGAACGUUUAAAAAAUGAAUUAGAAAAAUUAAAAACAAUACAAGUACCAAAACCAGCUAAAUCUUUAAAACGUGAUUUAGAAACAAUUAAAUUAUUACGAUCAGAUAUUGAACGAAAAAAUGAUGAAUUAGAAAAACUUCGUGCAUUAUAUGAUGCUGUUAAUGUACAACAUAAAAGUCUUCUAGCUGAACGUGAACGUGAAAAAACUCGUUUAGCAAUCAUGGGUAGUAAACCAUAUCAACCAGAUCGAUUUACACAAACUUUAUCAUCUGUUGAAACAGUUCAUGCAGAAAAUGAACAACUUAAACAUUUGGUAGAAAAAUUAGAACAUGAUUCUCAACAACAAUAUACUGAAUUAAUGCACUUGAGAGAUGAUCGACAAGCAGCUGUUGUAUUAGCAAUUCGUGAAAAAGAUGAUGAAAUUUUACGUCUACGUCAACAACAUAAAUUAGAAUUACAGACGAUUAUUAAUGAAAUGUCUACUAAUACAACUGAAACUCGUAUUAGUGAUCUUCUACGAAAAAUUGAAUUACAAGAUGCAACUAUUAUUCAUCUCAAAAAAUUAACUGAAAAUACUGAUGAAAAUGCUCGAGAAUUAGCAAUAUUACGUGUUCGUGAUGAUGAAUUAAGAUCUACUGUUCAUCGACUUGAACAAGAACUAGCUGAUGCUCGAACUUAUCAUACACCUGAAAUGAAACAUUUUCAAGAACUUCAAAAUAAAAUAAAUCAAUUAGAACAACGUUGGUAUAAACGUGAUAAAAUAAAAAAAGAUUAUACAAAUAGUUUAAUUAAACAACAUGAUUUAGAUACAAAUAAUGAUGUUAAUAAAUUACAUGCGAUUAUUAAACAAAAAAAUCAAGAAAUUGAACGAUUUCAUAUUGAACUUGAUUCAAUGUUAGAAUUAUUAAAAACACUUAAAUUUCAACAAUUAUUAUAUAAUUAA